AUGUAUGACGAGACUGCCAAUUCCUUUGCGUGGCUGUUUGAUUCAUUCUUGAAUGCAAUGUCAGGUAAAGUACCACAAACGAUUCUUACUGACCAAGAUGGUGCAAUGGCAAAGGCGUUGGCACAAGUUAUGCUGAGGACAAGACAUUUACUUUGCACGUGGCACAUCAUGGCAAAUGCACAGAAGCAUGUAGGCACCAUUUUUAGGAAUGAUGAAGGGAUUAAAAGUGUGCUGAGUCAAUUCAUGUACUGUUAUGAUGAUGAGGAUGAUUUUUGUAUACAAUGGGAUGUAAUGUUAAGGGACUACAAUGUUGUUGGUAACACAUGGUUGAACAAUUUGUUUGGUUUAAGAGAAAAAUGGGGUUAUCCAUUUGUUAAACAUUGGUUUACCGCUGGAAUGCGGACAACGCAGCUGAGUGAGAGUCUAAAUAGCUGCUUGAAAGAGUACUUAACUAGGAAAAUGAGUAUUCCAGAUUUCUUCAUGCACCUUGACAGGCUAUUGUCAGAGAAACGGUACAAGGAAUAUCAAGCUGAGUAUGGUUUACUCAGUAAACUACCUAGACUUAAACAAAAUUGUCCCAUUCUAAAACAAGUGGGCAAUAUGUACACGUUGAAGAUUUUUGAACUUUUCCAGGACCAAUUCAUAGAAGCUUGUGUGGUUGCUACCGUGGAAGGAACAAGUUUAAAUGAAAAUGGAUUACGUGUUUCUAGAGUAUCUGUUCAUGAUGGCAGUAUGGAUCGGACUGUGACAAGGUGGGAUGAUGGCUUUCUAAGUUGUUCGUGUGGGAAAUAUGCAAUGGAAGGUAUUUUGUGCAGCCAUGUACUUAAAGUACUGAAAGAUAACACUCAUUAUUUCAAAGAAUUACCUUCUAUGUAUAUACUAAAAAGGUGGACGAGAAAAGCUAGGGAUAACAGCGUACAAGACAUCCGUGGAUGUGAAAUUAUUGCUGAUCCUAAACUUGAAGUACGCAGAAGGAAACACAUUAAUGUUGAAAGGCAAUGUUUCGAUGUUGAACAAGAGGCAACCAAUUCAGCUUUUUCAACUGAAAGAAGUAAUAAUCAUGAACAUAAUGAAAGUAUCAUUGGGCAAGCCAUGACCGGAAGUAAUGCCAAGGGUAUAAAGAAUAAAGAAACAGGUGGUAAGGGACCAAGGCGCAGGAAGAAGAAUAAGUUUGAACAAUACAUGCAGAGAAAAAAAAACUAUGCGAAACGAAAGAAAUCAAAUGGCAACAACAGUGUUGGUGCAGGGGUAGGUGGCAGUGGUACCGUGCCACCUAUUACAUAUGUACGUCUGAAUGGUUGUGAUAUUCCUAGCAACGCCACUUGGAUUUACGAAGAUCAUCACCCAUGUGCACGUUUACAUUCGGAAACAAAUAUCGACCAAAUGACAUAUUGUCCUACCACUAACUUCAGUCAUCCCAGGACUCCACCAACUGAACAGGGGACUCUAUUUGUUUCGUAUCAUGAAUGCCGAUUCUCAGAUUAUCUUGAUGUUGAUCACACCAGUGGUGACCGUAAUUUGAUGCCAAUGUCGGAAGAGACAACAUCUGAGAUCAACCCUCCAGCUCGGCAAAAUUUGUUUUGA